AUGUCGAACUUGAGGAUGGCCACUGUUCUCUCGCUCGUGGUCGCUAGCCACGCAACCGUUGACUACAGCCAAUAUGUAAACGUUUUUAUGGGCACUGCAAAAGGAGGCAAUCGGUUUCCAGGAGUUGUCGCGGCGCCAUUCGCCAUGACAAAGCUCGGUCCGGACGUCCAGAACAGCACAACGGAUGCCUACUCUGGCUACCUGCCAAUAGGGAACAUCUGGGGUUUCAGCAUGAUGCAUGAGUCUGGCACAGGAGGAGCACCGAAAUAUGGUGUAGUAUCCCAAAUGCCAGUCGUAGGCCAAGUCUCCGACCCUCUUGCAGACCUUUCCCAGCCCAGGUUACAUGUAGACGAAGGUGGUGUUGGCUGGUACAAGUCUAGUCUUGCAAACGGCAUUACAGUAGAGCUUACCGCGUCUGAGCAUGCAGGUCUUUACUCGUAUACCUUUCCCGAGGCUACGAAUGAGUCGUCAUCCAUCGUUGUCGAUGUCUCUCAUGUACUGCCGAGCUUCAGAGGGCUCGGCUGGGAGCAGCACUACUCUGGUGGUGCGCUCAAACUGCUUUCAGAAUCACACUACGAAGGCUCAGGCACUUACAAUAACGGUUGGAAUCUAGCGCCUAACUGGACGAUCUACUUCUGUGGGAAAUUCGACCAGAAGACUUCAAGCUCACGAGUCUUUGCCCAGAGCAAUGCUACCAAUGCCAGCUAUGGGCAAACUGCAGGGACCGGUCGUCUUGGAGGUGUCUUCACUUUCAACGAGACCAAAGUGACGUCUCGUGUUGGCAUAUCCUUUAUCUCGACCACAAAAGCCUGCCACAAUCUGGAAAAUGAGAUCCCGGGCGAAACCAAUCCGCACUCCCUAAUUCAAGACGCCCAAGCUCGAUGGAACCAAGAGGUCUUCAACAAGAUCCAGAUGUCAUCGGACACCACCGAAGACCUUCAGCUCCUGUACAGCUCCCUGUAUGGGAUGUUCCUCAUCCCUUCCAACCGGACUGGAGAGAAUCCAGCAUGGAGCAGUGGUGAACCGUACUACGAUGAUGUAUUCACACUUUGGGAUACCCACCGGUGUCACACGUCCCUCUUCCAGGUAGUCCAGCCUACCGCAUAUGAAGAAUUCAUACGGUCGCUAAUUGAUAUCUGGCGACAUGAUGGUUUCAUGCCUGAUGCCCGAUCGUCGAACUUCAACGGUCGUGUUCAGGGUGGCACCAACGCCGACAACGUCCUAGCCGAUGCUUACGUGAAGGGUGUAAGAGGCGCCGUAGACUGGGAAGACGGCUUCUCCGCCAUGCAAACCGAUGCCGAAGUCAUACCGCCACUCGAGAUCGUUGAUACUAAAGCUCCUGAUGCAUCGACCAAAGAAGGCAGGGGCGCACUGCCUGACUGGCUGCAAUAUGGAUACAUCACACCUCGUUUCACUCGUGCAGUAUCACGAGCCGUAGAGUACUCUACCAACGACUUUGGAUUGUACCAAGUCGCCGUUGGCCUUGGGAAGACCUUGGAGGCAGCCACGUACCUUAACCGCUCACGCAAUUGGCGUAAUCACUGGAACCCUAGUGCCACAUCAGGAGGCCACAAUGGCUUCAUGGUUCCUAGAAAAGCUAAUGGAUCGUUCGUUUCGCAAAACCCAGAGGACUGUGGUGGCUGCUACUGGGGCGAUGCUUACUACGAAGACAACACCUGGAUCUACAGUAUGAACGCGAUACAUGAUGUGACCGAGCUGAAAAGGAGAAUCGGUGGUGAUAAGAGGUUUGUUGGGAGGAUUGACAAGCUGUUCGAACUUGGCAUCUUUGAUGCUGGUAACGAGCCUGGAUUUACGAGCCCGUACCUGUACAACUUUGUGCAGGGGCAACAAUGGAGGAGUGUCGAAAGAGGUCGAAACAUCAGCACUCUUUACAACUCAGGUGAGAGUGGCCUACCGGGCAACUCGGACGCUGGAGCCAUGGAGAGUCUUCUGAUUUGGCAGAUGAUAGGUCUUUGGCCCAUGACUGGUCAAUCAACCUUCCUCGUUCUAGCUCCUGUGUUUGAACAGAUGACGAUCGAUCUUGGAGACGACAAGACGCUUAUUCUGUCGACAAGUGGAGGCGAUCGUAUCAGUGCACCUUAUGUUCAAAGCCUGAAGGUGAAUGGCAAACAGUGGGACAAGUCGUGGGUAUCAUGGGAGGAUGUAUUCGCCAAUGGCGGCAAUUUGGACUUUGUUCUUGGAGCAAACAAGACUGAGUGGUCGACGGGUGAGUUGCCGCCGAGUCCAGCGUCCGGAGAGAUACAAUCUGUUAUGCAUUAGUGUGCCGAAGGACUGCGUCGCGGUAUGGUAGCGCAAAGAUGGCAGAAACAACGACCUCAAGGCUCUGUCCGAUAUCAUGCUAGUGACUGACCGGAGCAAGAAGCGCCACUCUUCCCCGCAUUCAGCACACACCCUCACUGUUGAAUGACCUGCUCAUUAUGUUGACAUGCUGGAUCGCAU